AUGGCUGAUAGUCAAGAUAAACAAAAGGAAUAUGCAGAUGCGAAAGGCAGAGGUUGUAUUAAUGAUUAUGAGGUCACAGACCAAGUAUUACUUAAUGCUAAAAACCUACCUACCAAUGUAGUAUCCGCUGUCUUUAAGACGAAGCUGCGUCCGCGCUUUAUUGGACCCUUUAAGGUCAUUGCCAAGAAAGGCACAGCGUAUACGCUUAACCUGCCGCGCAAAUUGCGUACACAUCCUGUGUUCUAUGUCGCCAUGCUCAAAAGGUAUCGGGAUCCGUCCCAAAUAGACGCUAAGGCGCUCGCGCCGAGCCCAUUGGCAUUGUCGCGGGACGAAGCAUCUGCGCCAACAUGUCAAGCUGACCCUGCAUUCGGGUCCGACUCUCUUCCAGGGACUCCAGCCGGGAGUUCAUCGUCUGCCUCUCCUCACGUAGGGACCGCACCUCUUGAAUAA